UGAGCAAUCAUUAAUAGAAGAAGAAGCGAAGAAGUCAACACUGUGACGUCACGAAAGGACAAAUCGCUACCCCGAGGUCGUUCUCUCUCUUUGAGCCGGCGGUCGCAGCUAAGCGGGGGCGCCAUUUUAAGACGCGCAUAAACGCAGCUCCGCGGGCAGAUCGGACCACCACAACCACCAUGUAUCCAGCCACUUUGACGCACUUGGCUCGGGCCAACCCAUUCAGCGCCCCGCUGUUCAGUCUUCAGAAGGCGGAAGAACCAGAGCAGAGUCUCCAUGCGCAGAGGACACGCAGGCUGGCAGCAGCCGCCACUGCAGACGAGGGAGACAGUUGCGAAUUUGGCUCUCAGAAGUAUUUCGUCCUGUGUGGCUUUGGUGGAAUUGUGAGCUGUGGCACCACACACACAGCAGUUGUUCCCCUUGAUCUGGUCAAAUGCCGACUGCAGGUGAACCCAGACAAGUACAAGAGCAUUGGCAAUGGCUUUUCUGUCACCGUGAGGGAGGAUGGUGUCAGGGGCUUGGCCAAGGGCUGGGCGCCCACAUUCAUCGGCUACUCAAUGCAGGGACUCUGCAAGUUUGGGUUCUACGAGGUGUUUAAAAUCUUCUACAGUGAUCUGCUCGGCGAAGAAAACACCUACAUGUGGAGAACAUCACUGUACCUUGCUGCCUCAGCCAGUGCCGAGUUCUUUGCUGAUAUUGCUCUGGCUCCCAUGGAGGCUGUCAAAGUGCGUAUCCAGACCCAGCCAGGCUAUGCCAACACCCUGAGAGAGUGUGUCCCCAAGAUGUACUCAGAGGAGGGUCUCUGGGCUUUCUACAAGGGUGUGGUACCUCUGUGGAUGAGACAGAUCCCGUACACCAUGAUGAAAUUUGCCUGCUUUGAGCGCACUGUGGAGAUGCUCUACAAAUAUGUUGUUCCCAAGCCCCGCAGCGAGUGCAGCAAACCAGAGCAACUGGUUGUUACCUUCGUGGCUGGUUACAUUGCUGGUGUGUUUUGCGCCAUUGUGUCCCACCCUGCCGAUUCUGUGGUGUCUGUGCUGAACAAGGAGAAAGGAAGCACUGCUGUCCAGGUUCUGAAGAAGCUGGGACCCAAAGGUGUGUGGAAGGGCUUGGUUGCCCGUAUCAUCAUGAUUGGUACUCUGACAGCUCUGCAGUGGUUCAUCUACGAUUCAGUCAAGGUCUACUUCCGUCUGCCCCGCCCACCUCCCCCUGAAAUGCCAGAGUCCCUGAAGAAGAAGCUCGGCCUUACAGAGUAAUGAUUAUAAUUCCCUCAAUGACCAUUCACACACUGGGCAGCAACCAGCAGAUGGCAACUGAUUUCUCCACUUCCAUUGUGCGUGCACAACAAUUUUCUAUAUUUAUGUCCUCAAGCUCUGCUGCUUCAGGGAAUGGGGCUGUAACUAAUAAUGUAUAUUUACCAUACAGACAUAAGUCAAAGAGCUGCUGUUGUCCCUCUUUGCUAACAGAUGGGCAAAGAAAACUCCCUUGUCAAACACUUGUCUGAUUUUAUUCAGUUUCUGUCAUUAUAGAAUGGAAAUUAAAAACAAUUCCUUGGAAA